AAUUGAUUUGCCACAUUAUAAAUUUAUGGCUAAAAGACUACGAAUACAUAGCAAACUUUCACGAGACUAAACAUUGAAAAAUCCAAAGCUCCCAUUCUAAAAAUUUGAAAAUGAAGAACGCUUCUCUCAAGCUCCCACUCUUGAUCUUCAUUUUGGUCAUCACAUCUAAUCUUGGAGCAGAAGCAAGAAAGCUGACCGGAGUUGCUGACGUAAUUGUUGAAGGUGAAGCCGCAAGUCCACAGUACGGUAUCAUCGAUGAGAAUGACACUUUGAACAAAUCCCCAUCUUGCAAGAGGGACAUCGACUGUACUUUUCAGUGUCGCAGGGGAGGAUUCUGCAACCUAAUCCUUCAAAAAUGUGAAUGUUUGUAAUAAUAUUUACAAUCGCAUUAUAAUCUAAGUUUAUCAAUAAAAGUUAUAUAUCAAUUCUUCAAACUAUAUACUCUCUUAUGUAUUUCAAGAUUGAUAAUCAUAAUCGGAAGUCAAAUCUAAAAACUCAAUAUACUCGCUUUAAUUGUUAAUCAUUCUGUAACCCCUAAA